AUGAAGGGGCGCGGCGAGCGGAGAACGAACAUCGAGCAGGUGAUGAGCGACUACCUCAUCAACCUGAGCUACUUGUACAAGAACUCGCAGUCGCAGUCGCAGGGGCAGUCGCUGAGUGACCAUGAGAGGGGCGAGGGGAAGGUGCGCAGGGCGAGCAGCUCCCGAGCGGAGCUGAUUCGGCCGGAGGGCCUGCUCGCGGGCAAGAGGGAGAGUGGAAGCCACGAAAGAAGUGGUAACGGACGGAGCAGCCAUGAAAGAAGCGGCAACGGGAGGGGCAGCCACGGACAGAGCAGCCGCAGCAGCAGCUGCAGCGCCAGCACGAACGACGGGGAGUCCCCUGAAGGCGCCAAGGGCAAGGUGACCCACUACGACCAAAUGCUCAACGCCAUCUUCCCCCCGAGGGAGAGGGAGAUCUACCUCCACCUGAGGAAGGCUCUCCAAACGCAAAAGCACUUGGCAGAUGUGGAGGCCUGCGAGUACCUCUUCUGCUACCUCUUCGUGCUGGCCAUGAAGAAGAUGUUCUACACGAUCGUUUUGCAGCGGAGGGGGGAGCAUGAGGAACGGAGUGCGGGUGAGGGGGGCCCAAAUGAGUAUAAAGGAGGGGACUCACGUGUGUGUAAAGGGGAGGACCCAAAUGAGUAUAAAGAGGAGGAACCAAUUGAGUGCAAAGGGGAAGACCCAAAUGAGUGUAAAGGGGAAGACCCAAAUGAGGGCAAACCGGACGGGGGAGAGCCAGAAAAAGCUGGGGCACAACCGGGAGAUGACCCCCCUGGAGGAGCCCCCCCAGAGAAAGCGCAAACGGAGAAAGCGCAAACGGAGAAGGCGCAAACGGAGAAGGCGCAAACGGAGAAGGCGCAAACGGAGAAGACUCAAACGGAGAAGACUCAAACGGAGAAGACUCAAACGGAGGAGCUGCUGGAGGAUGGCUGCGACAACUUCGGAAGGAACUACAUCUACCUGCUGCUGGAAGCGCUGCGGAACAACAAGGCAUAUUGGCUGAUCCCUCUGAGCGUUCUGUCGUGCGGCUACCUCUGCUACAGAAUGAAGGGGAGGGUAGCUGCCUGCAUCAACAGCUAUUACCUCAACGUAACGAAGUACUUCACGAGCAUCUUCCCCACCCCAGGGGUUCCCGGAGACGCAGCAAUUUCAAAGGAUUACAAUCACUUCUUUCAUAACAUACAGAAGAACAACGUUCGGACGAUUCUGUUUAACCCCUCCAAUAACACCUUCACGUACCUCCUAAGCAAGGCGACUCUCCCCAAGGGGGGGGCAAAUAUAAAUAUAUUUAACUCAAAUAGGGUGGCGACUCUCCCGUCUCCAUCCACCCAAGAAGAGACCAACAAUGUGUAUACCAUAUUUUAUAACGAUUACAUUAUGAAGUUUUUAUUAAAAAAUAAAUUCUACGAAAAUGUUGAGAUCAAAUUGGAUGACAAAAUGAUGAAGAUGUCCUUCGCAGAAUUUAUUAAAAAGAAUCUCCUAGACAUUGUAACGUAUGGUCUCUCCUUGGCUACGUUCUUCUAUCUCUAUGAGCGCAAUUUGUCCCUUUCAUCUCCUUUUUCCAGCCCAGAUUGGUCCCUCCACAGCAGAAAUAGGUGUAACUCCCUCAGUGAUGUUAUCCUAAAUGAUAGUACGAAGAAGGACAUAAAGGGAAUUUUAUUUUUUCUUUUAUUUUCGAAAAUGUUCCCGGAGAGUUCCCACCUGUCUGGCUACAACACCAUUCUGUUUACGGGAGAGACUGGCACGGGGAAGAGCCUACUAGCCAAAGCGAUUGCCAAGGAGCUGGACGUAGAAUUCAUUCACCUCUCGGGAUCCACCUUCAUAGAGCUAUACAUCGGCAACGGGGCCUCCAAACUCAGGAGCCACUUUAAGAGAGCCAAACGCACUUCCAAAUCGGUCCUCCUCUUCAUCGACGAGAUCGACAGCAUUGGAUUAAGCAGAUGCAUGAACCACGAGGGGGGGGGGAACAACGCCAACCACGAGUACACGCAGACGUUAAAUCAGCUGCUUAUAGAAAUGGACUCUCUGCAUGAGUAUAACCGGGAGCAGCUCCUCAUGGGAUCGCGCGGCCGCCAUAGGGGGGGGGGCUUCCUUUCCGGUGUCAGGAGGGCCUUCAUGGAGCUCCUCUCUCCAGGUGCGCAGCCCGCAGACGAGCGCAGCGAGGGGGGCCCCCACCCAGAGGGACGCCGCCACCCCAACGGCUACGAAGUGAUGCAGUACUACCUGAGCAACGACUUGACGCUGCAGGAGGUGGAGGAGCUCUUCAACCUGAGGAGGCACCGGGCGGGCAAGUUCAUCCUCUUCAUCGGGGCCACCAACCGCUACAAGAUGCUCGACCCUGCCUUGGUGCGCUCGAAGCGAUUCGACAAGGUCAUUCACUUCCACCUGCCCAACCUGUUCACGCGCCGGAGGCUCUUCGAGUUUUACCUCGCCAAGUAUGCAGCGGCGGCGCCAACCAUGGGAGCGGUGCCAAGCACGGCGGUGAGGCUCUCCCCGACGCCGCCGCUCUCCUCCCCGAUGAGGCACAAAUUCGGCGGCCGCUUCAACGCGCUGCACCCCGGGGCCGCGGACAAGUACGAGCACCUCUUGAAGUCGCUCAGCAGGGGCGGGGGCGGCGAUCAGGAGGGCAGCUAUGGGGAGGACCGCUAUAAGGAGGGUCGAUAUGGGGAGGACCGCUAUAAGGAGGACCGCUACUCGGAGGAUCGCUACCCGGAUGGCCGCUACUCGGAGGACCGCUAUGCAGACUGCCCCGUCGACACGCUGGCGCUGUCCCUGCUGACGACCCUGUUCAACUGCGCCGACAUAGACGAGAUAGUGCACUCGGUGCAGAUGAAGAGCCUCACGCGGAGCGGUCAGCAGCGCCACCCGCAGAGCUAUCAGCAGAGCUAUAAGCAGCACCCCCCGCACCGACAAAGCCACAACCUCGGCAGCGCCCUCUUCGAGGUGGUCGACUCAGCCCUAUUUAACAAAUUCACGCACGACAGCCACGGGGAGAAGCUCAGCGCCCAGGGGAGCAAAACGGAGACGAGUGGCUCCAACGGGGGCGCAAACGGAAAGCUCAGCGGCAACAACUGGUGCACAGAUGCAGACUACGACGACUACCUCUCCAAGUUUGUUCUCUUCUGUAACGAUGAACUGGAAAAAAGGAUAAACGGCCAGGAGAGUAGGAGGAACGAGCAGAGGGCAGGAGGGCACGAAGGACACGGGGGACACUCGCAUGGGGAAGCACUAACGUUUGAAGACCUCCUAUUUUUUAAGGACUUCGAAAAGCUGAAGAUAAAGAUUUGGCGAGACGAGGAUAUGAACUUCCUCCUUCAGAAUGGCUUUUGCGUCAACGGCGGGUUUGCUCCGCCCGGCAGGAGCUACCACCUCUGCCUCUUGUGGAGGUCCAUCGAAAGCUUUUACGCGGCCCUCCACGCGAGCUGCCGCCGGGCCGACCCCUAG